GCCGAGAGCCGGCGCGGCUGGGUAGCGGCGGCGGGUGGGCGUGCGGGCCCGGCGGUCCGGCUCGAGGGCUCCGCUCUCGGGGCCUUUGGGAGCCGCCGGAGGGCGCGGAGAGAGCUUAGGGCCCCCGUCCGCCGCCGCUCCCUGGCAUGUCGGCCGAGGCCUCGAGCCCGGCGGUGGCCGAGGCCCCGUCCCUGGAAGCCCCUAAGCCCGCGGGUCCGGAGCCGGGCUCCGCCGCUUACGGCCCGAAGCCCCUGACCCCGAACAGCAAGUACGUGAAGCUGAACGUGGGCGGCUCGCUGCACUACACCACGCUGCGCACGCUCACGGGGCAGGACACCGUGCUCAAGGCCAUGUUCAGCGGCCGCGCCGAGGUGCUCACGGACGCGGGAGGUUGGGUGCUGAUUGACCGGAGCGGCCGCCACUUUGGUACAAUCCUCAACUACCUGCGGGAUGGGUCCGUGCCGCUACCUGAGAGUACCAGAGAACUGGGGGAGCUACUAGGCGAAGCACGCUACUACCUGGUACAGGGCCUGAUUGAGGACUGCCAGCUAGCAUUGCAGCAAAAAAGGGAGAACCUGUCCCCGCUGUGCCUCAUCCCCACGGUGACAUCUCCCCGGGAGGAGCAGCAGCUCCUGGCCAGCACCUCCAAGCCCGUGGUGAAGCUCCUGCACAACCGCAGUAACAACAAGUACUCCUACACCAGCACUUCGGACGACAACCUCCUUAAGAACAUUGAGCUGUUUGACAAACUGGCCCUGCGCUUCCACGGGCGGCUGCUUUUCCUCAAGGAUGUCCUGGGGGACGAGAUCUGCUGCUGGUCCUUCUACGGGCAGGGCCGCAAAAUCGCCGAGGUGUGCUGCACCUCCAUUGUCUAUGCCACGGAGAAGAAGCAGACCAAGGUGGAGUUCCCGGAGGCCCGGAUCUUUGAGGAAACCUUGAACAUCCUGAUCUACGAGACUCCCCGGGGCCCAGACCCAGCCCUCCUGGAGGCCACAGGCGGUGCCGCCGGAGGCGGUGGGGCAGGCCGAGGGGAGGAUGAGGACAACCGGGAGCACCGUGUCCGCCGGAUCCAUGUCCGGCGCCACAUCACCCACGACGAGCGUCCUCAUGGCCAGCAGAUUGUCUUCAAGGACUGACCUUUGACCUUGCUCUCUGUUUUCCUCCUGCCGCCGGAACACAGUUCCUCUCUCUUGCCCUCCCCUUCCCAAGCCUUUGCCCCGGCUCUGCUGGCCAAGUCGUGGGUCCUUCUUCUGUCCCUCUGUCGCACGGUGCAGUUCGCUGCGGCCCUUUUGCAUUCAUCCUCACCCCCGGCUCACAGCGCGGUACAUUCCAGAACCUUUCCGAAGGCCUGCAUUUGUUCCCUCAUCCGUCCUUGUCCUGCUAUUUGCCCUCACCAGCCGCUUUAGAAUGAUUGAGAAUUCCCUUUUUCUCUUUCUCUCUCUCCCUCUCUCACUCACACGCCAGAGUGUCCAGCCAGCCCUUACCGACACCCACCGCGUUCUGAGCCACGUUCCCACCAUCGUGCAGGGUAGCUUCGCUCCCUCCUCCUUCCCCACCCGGUCCCCCCACCCCUUUAACUUUGUACUAGGCUGGCCUGGGCUUGCACCAGCUCAGCCGUCUUCGCAAUCUAUUUCAUAUUAUUUAUUUUAAUUUUCUAUUAAAUUAUUGGAAGAAAA